GACCAGGGGACCCAAGCAGACAGGUGGGGCUGGCUGCAGACCCCGCCCAUUGGCGCAGGCGCAAGGGUGGCGCAUCGCGGCCGCCGGUUCCCAAGCCAACGGAUCAACAGGUCCAGCUCCGAGGAGGAGUCUGUGGACACUAGGAACCUGCGCCUGCCUCUCGUCAUGUGUGCUGCCGAGGUGGACCGCCACGUAGCCCAGAGAUACCUGAUCAAGCGGAGGCUUGGGAAGGGGGCCUAUGGCAUUGUGUGGAAGGCAGUGGAUCGGAGGACCGGUGAUGUAGUGGCCAUCAAGAAAAUCUUUGAUGCCUUUAGGGACCAGACAGAUGCUCAGAGAACCUUCAGGGAAGUCAUGCUUCUCCAGGAGUUUGGGAACCACCCCAACAUCAUCCGCCUACUUGAUGUGAUCCCAGCACAGAAUGACAAGGAUAUUUACCUGGUGUUUGAGUCCAUGGACACCGACCUGAAUGCAGUCAUCCAGAAGGGCAAACUCCUGGAGGACAUCCACAAGCGUUGCAUCUUUUACCAGCUCCUGAGGGCCACCAAGUUUAUCCACUCAGGGCGUGUCAUCCACCGGGACCAGAAGCCAGCCAACGUUCUGCUGGAUGCUGCUUGCCGGGUGAAACUCUGUGACUUUGGCCUGGCACGCUCCCUGAGUGACCUCCCUGAGGGGCCUGAGGGCCAGGCCCUGACAGAGUAUGUGGCCACACGAUGGUACCGAGCUCCAGAGGUUCUUCUGUCCUCCCGAUGGUACACCCCUGGGGUGGACAUGUGGAGCCUGGGCUGCAUAUUAGGAGAGAUGCUUCGGGGGCAGCCACUGUUUCCCGGCACAUCGACUUUCCACCAGCUGGAGCUGAUCCUGGAGACCAUUCCGUUGCCAUCCAUGGAGGAGCUCCAGGCCCUUGGCUCAGACUACAGUGCUUUGAUUCUGCAGAACCUUGGGUCCAAGCCACGGCAGACGCUGGACGCCCUCCUGCCGCCAGACACCCCCCCAGAAGCCCUGGACCUCCUCAAGCGACUCUUGGCAUUUGCUCCGGACAAGAGGCUUAGCGCUGAGCAGGCACUGCAACACCCCUACGUGCAGAGAUUCCAUUGCCCCGACCGCGAGUGGACACGGGGAUCCGACGUGCGGCUCCCGGUGCACGAAAGAGACCAGCUCUCUGCACCAGAGUAUCGCAACCGCCUGUACCAGAUGAUCCUGGAGCGGAGGGGGAACAGCCGCAGCCCUGGAGAGGAAGGCCUGCGGGGUGCGGCCUCGCGGCCAGAGCUCAGGGUGUCCCCCGCCCGGGCUCAAUCGCUCAAGCCCGGAGUCCUCCCCCAGGUCCCCGCGGAGACGCCUGCGCGGAAACGCGGACCCAGACCUCAGAGUAGCCCUGAUCAUACCCCUGAGCACGUGGAAGUUCCCAGGCAGAGCUCAGACCCCCUCCUCCAACUUCCGCCGCCAAGCAGGGGGGAAAGGCCACCAGGGGCCACAGCGGAGCCACCCUCGGCACCCUCAGGGGCGAAGACAAACCUUAAGGUGGUGGCGCCCUCCCUGACUUCACAGGCCGCGGCUCAGGCGGCCAAUCAGGCCCUGAUCCGCAGUGACCCGGCCCGGGGCGGUGGGCCGAGGGCGGCCGGCGCGCGACGGGUGAGCCCGGCCCUUCCCAGCUCCCUCCAGUGCGGUUCGUACCCCCCAGAGCCCUGCUCCACUCCUCUCCCUCCUGAACAAGACCCUCGCCUGCGUGCAGGUCCCUUCCCGCCUGCCCCGGGAGGCCCCGGAACCCCGACCCGGCCGAAGGAUGUUUGGCACCUCGGCCUCGCAGGGGGCCCAGGGCGCAGCCAGAGCUGCGCUUGGCGGCUACUCCCAGGCCUAUGGGACCGUGUGCCGCUCGGCGCUGGGCCGCCUGCCCCUGCUCCCCGGACCGCGUGCGUGAGCCGCCCACCCGCCUCCUCGCGGCAACCUGGCGCUGUUCCCCAGCCCCCAGCGCAUCUCCCUCCUUUGUCCAUAUGCAUUCGAGUUCCGGGAGGGUUCCCUGAGCCUCUCUCCCCUAAGGGGGAGUAGAUGGCGGUUUCCACUCCACCCCCAACAAUUUCUUCCAAUAAAGUCAUAUUUUUGCCA